GGCCGCGGCGGAGGGAGGGCGGGGGGCCGCGGCGGCGGGGCCCGGUGCGGCCCGGGCCCGGGGAGCCAUGCGGCGGCCGUAGCUAUGCAGCGCGCCGAGCUGCGCGAAGGGGAGGCGGCGGCGGCCGCCGCGGCCUCUUACCGGGUGCUCAGCCGCCUGCUGGGCUAUGGGGCCGGCCCGGAGGCGGGCGCGGCGGGCGGCGCCGUUACCGGCACGGCGGGCGCGGGGCUGCCGGGCCCCGGCGGCGGGCGGCCGGCGGCGGCGGCGCUGCCGGGCGGCGGGGCUUUGCGGGCCCCGCGGCCGCCGCCGCAGCUGAUGGUGUUCCGCAACGCGGCGGAGGGGCGGCCCGGCGAGGAGGGCGGCCCGGCGGCGGGCGGCGGCGGCGGGGGGCCCGCGGGAGGCGGCGGCGAGCUGCUGUGCCCGCGGCACCGCUGCGCGCUGGAGCCCAAAGCGGCGGCCGGUGGGGGGGCGGCCCCGCCGGGGGGGCUGGAGCUGCAGCUGGCGGCGCUGGGGCUGCGGCCGCCCGGGCUGGGGGCGAAGGGGCCGGCGGGCUGCCCAUGCCCCUGCCUGGGCCCGCCGCCGCCCGCCGGCCCCGCCGCCGAGGAGACCAGCGACGCGCUGCUGGUGCUGGAGGCGCUGGAGCCCGACGAGGCCGGGAGCUGCUCGGAGGAGGAGCCGGGGUCCCCCGGCCGCGGGGCUGCCCGCGCCGCCGGGAGAGGGGCCGGCGCCCCCCCCGCCCCCCGCGGCCCCGGGGGCCCCGGCGCCAGGAAGGGCUCGCUCCGGGUCCGCCUCAGCCGCCUCUUCCGCACCAAGAGCUGCAGCGGCGGCUCGGCCGGGGAUGCCGCCGGCGGGAGCGAGGCCCGGCGCCCCGGGGAGCUGCCCGCCUCGGCCGGCAGCCUGACCGACGUCUGCGGGGCCCGCGGCCGCGAGCAGGAGGCGGGCAGGAAACACAGACUGACAAGAACUCAAAGUGCCUUUUCCCCGGUUGUGUUCAGCCCCCUCUUCACAGGUGAAACAGUGUCACUAGUGGACGUGGACAUCUCUCAGCGAGGACUGACCUCCCCUCACCCUCCGACUCCACCGCCUCCGCCGCGAAGAAGCCUCAGCCUGCUAGAUGAUAUCAGUGGGACGCUGCCUGCAUCUGUCCUAGUGGGUCCAAUGGGUUCCUCCUUGCAGUCUUUCCCUCUGCCUCCGCCUCCUCCGCCCCAUGCCCCAGACGCCUUCCCACGGAUUGUCCCGCUGAGGCCGAUGGAGGCGAUGCCCGGCCAGCCCGCCCCGCACCUGCAGUGUCCCCUCUACCGCCCGGACUCCAGCAGCUUCGCGGCCAGCUUGCGGGAGCUGGAGAAGUGCGGGUGGUACUGGGGACCGAUGAACUGGGAGGAUGCAGAGAUGAAGCUGAAGGGGAAGCCGGACGGAUCCUUUCUGGUCCGAGACAGUUCUGACCCCCGUUACAUCCUGAGCCUCAGCUUUCGGUCGCAGGGCAUCACCCAUCACACCAGGAUGGAGCACUACAGAGGGACCUUCAGCCUGUGGUGCCAUCCCAAGUUUGAAGACCGCUGCCAGUCUGUGGUGGAGUUCAUAAAGAGAGCAAUCAUGCACUCCAAAAACGGGAAGUUUCUCUACUUCCUCCGAUCCAGGGUUCCAGGUCUGCCUCCAACGCCUGUCCAGCUCCUGUAUCCAGUCUCCAGGUUCAGCAACGUCAAAUCCCUUCAGCACCUUUGCCGCUUUCGGAUCAGGCAGCUGGUCCGAAUAGAUCACAUCCCCGAGCUGCCGCUGCCCAAGCCCCUGAUCUCCUACAUCCGCAAGUUCUACUACUACGACCCGCAGGAGGAGGUGUACCUGUCGCUGAAGGAAGCUCAGCUCAUCUCCAAACAGAAGCAGGAGACUGAAUCCUCCACGUAGCGAGGCUGCCUCACCCAUCUUGUUGCUGUCACUGAUGGAGUUUGAUUGUUGCCAUCCUGUAGCCCAAGUCAGGCUGUGGUGGGGAGGAGGCACGCGACGGUGAAGCCUGCUUCUGCGGUGCCGCUUCUGCUCUCAAGCUCUUUUGUACAGAGAAGAGGGUUCAAGACUCCUAAGAAGCACAGCGGGACGGGAGCAGGAGCCUCAGCUCCUGGCUGAGGGAGAGGGGUCUCGGAGGCAGCUGAGCCCGGCUCGCGGACUCCUUGCAGAUCAAAGAAUGUCAUGGCACUAUUUACAAUUUUUUGAAAGUUUUAUUUUUGAUGUCGUCUACUUUUUUUUUUUAUUAUUAUUAUUAUUUUCAGCAUGAGAAAUACUGUCUUAUGAUCAGCUGAAUUUUAUGAUCCUCCCUUGGAAACUUCAAGGUGGGGAGAUAGAAAGAGAGAAGGGGACUCUCUAGGAAGAUCCGCCCCAGGCGUUACGGCGAGACUGUUCGUCGGUCCUCACCAAGAGGAGAUGCAGCUGGAGAGCUGCUUUGGAGGCAGGCUGAGCCGGAAUGAGAUGCAGCUCUGUGGAAUAACCUGGGGAGCAUGGAGCUCUGCGCAGCAGGCAGCUGCACAGCUCCUCUGCUCUCUAGGGUUUGGAAGAAGAGGGCCAAACCUAGUCUUGGGCAGCUGAGCUUUGCAACUGGAUUUGCAGGGUGACCCUAUAUGCUUUUUAAGUUGGGCCCGAGGAAGAAAGAGUAUAUCAGCCGUUUGGAUGUCUCCGAGCCUUCUGCCAAAGGGGAAUGGUUGCUGCUGCGCUGGGGAGCAAGGGCUGCUCCUUCUCGUUCCCUUAGCAAACACUGGAAGAUUUCGCUGAAACCCCGUGAGAAGUGGCAGGCAAGUGGCAGAGCUGCUGCUGUGGCCGUGGCAGCAGUCCACGGACCAAAGGGACUUGCUACAGGGAUCUCAGUCUUGCAGAGCCGUGGGACGUGCACUUUUAGCCUUUCUCUGGCUGUCUCCAGAAGCUGUGAAUGAAGUGGCUUUCUGUCGAGCUGCGAAGGACCUUGAUCAGGAGCUGCUGGGGCAUUAAGAGAAAUCUCUAGGAUGACUCGGAGCAAGGAGCAGGUAACUGGGAGUUCUCCCGGAACAGUAUCUGAUCUCUGAGCUUGCCUGCUGCUUCCUCCUCUCCCUGGGCUGUCCGUGGAACCACAGCAGUUCAGAAACGGUAAAGCCAAGAGAGGUGGCAGCUCUCGCUGUGUUUCUGGGCUUGGCACAGGCUGAAAUACCCUCCCUGCCCCCUCAAAUCCUGGUCUGCCGUUCCAUCCGCUGCAGCCAACUGCAAAGAGUUUGCAUUUCAUGAAGUUUUAAAGUUCUCCUGAAGCGGUGCUGAGAAGAAGUCUGGAGAAGCACCUUUCCUCCUGUAUUUAAACAAGCAAAUGUUCCCAUGCCCUCGACCCGAGGGAAGGAAACGCUCCAUCCUGCAGCAGCAGGGUCUGAAGAUGCGACGUGUGGUCCAGGUCUGCGGAUCUGAGCUCCGUGCCCUGUCAGCCGGCUGCCGUCGCGUGGGAGCUGUGAGGACUUCGGUCUUGCCCUGCCGAGUGAUCUGUGUCCUUGAAUUAGACACAGCCUUGUGGAUCUUACAGCAGCUUGGAAAAAUUCCGGUUGUCUGCCUCUGCCAAGCGUUGCUACAACGGGUGCUACACGAAUCCUGCCCUCCCUGUCAUCGCUGUCACCUCUGGCCUCAGUUUUGGUCUUGGAGAAAAAGUACGGUUUUUUUAAAAAGGAUUUGGCUUCCAGAGAAAACUAAUAAUUAAGCUUCAAAAUCUGUAGAAAUACCUCAUGGGACACUACUCGCUACUGACUUUGUGUUGCGUUGUUGGGGCAGUGGUUAUCGGGACGGGGGAGCUGCCCCAAGACGUGCUGAACAGCAUAUCCUGACCCUCGGGGAGGGGGGAGCUAAUUGAGUCCACGGCUACCGCGUCCCCUCUGUGCGGGGACCAGCAUCCUCCGCCGCGUCCCCUCUGUGCGGGGACCAGCAUCCUCCGCCGCGUCCCCUCUGUGCGGGGACCAGCAUCCUCCGCCGCGUCCCCUCUGUGCGGGGACCAGCAUCCUCCGCCGCGUCCCCUCCCCUGGGCUGCAGCCCUGCAGCUCACACCGUUAUCAGCGGAGCCUGCGAAUUGACGCAAGGGCUUUGGCUAAAGCGCACAGCACGUCGGGCAAACGUUGGCGGAGGGAAAAGCCUCUGUGUUUGUGCAGGUGAGACUCCAGUGUCCGCGCCCCUGGCCCUGCUGCAUCUUGGCUGGCCGUGUGCUGAAGAUCCGAAUUUUCCAACUGAUCCAUAUGCUGGAAAGGAAAACCUUCCUAAGAGCCAAGCCUGGUCUGAUGCUUGAAGUGUCCCAGCUCCGUGCCAGCCAAGAAUGGUGCGCCUGGUGCACGUGAAUCCUGCCAAGCUUCUCUCCAAAAAGAGACCCUAGAGGCGAGGAAACGAUGACGUGGGCCGAGGUGUGUGAGAUGGGGGACCCGUGAGCCUCCCCUUGCCGAAGCUGGGGAGAAGCUGGUCCUCUCCCUGCGUGACGGUGGCGGCAGUGUUUUCACUCCGUUCGGGGUGCGGGCUGGGUUUGGGAAGGGAAAGCAGCCGAGCUGGGGAGCAGAGCAGGGAAAACUCAUGCUGGUCAGGCAUCAGGAAUCGCCGCAGAGCCCGUCCUGCCCAUGCCUGGGGUGAAAACGCACAACCCUGCUCCGCGGUGGGUCAGGAGAGCCGUCCUGCGCUGCUCCAUCCCCUGCCCCGCCGGGGGGCUCCCCGUGGGGGUGGGUGGGAUGGCUCUGCAGCCUUUGGAGCUAUUGAAGGAGCAGCCAGACUUUAGGGGCAAUACUUGAAUUACGUGUGUUUGGUCGGCUGUCCCUGUCCUUGGGAGGACUUCUCCCCACAGCCUGCCGGUGCUUCUGCUGUUACUUGAACCAUGUGCACGGGGGAAGGGGGGGGGGAAGCAGACCCCCCAGGUGGAGGCCAGCCCCAAGGCUUUGGAUCUGUCCGUGGCAGCUGAAAUGACGGGGGGAAUGUGCUUUGGGAUGUUGGAUAGGGAAUGGUGGGACACCAGCGUGUCCUGCUGAUGUUCCUGGGGUCGGCUCUAGCUGCACGAGACCCUCCUAUGGAUCCGCACGCACGGGGAGGGGGGGGGGGGGGUCUGCUUGGCCAUGAAGGUGGCAGAUGCUCUCGAGCAUUCCCUGGGCUCUGCUCCACCUCUCCUUGCUCCGAGGCAGGCAGGAGAGCUGGAGCGUGGGCAGCACCAGCCCGCUGCCGGUGGCUGGUAGCGCUGGAUAAGAUCCCAAGGUUAACUGUAGUUAACAGCCUCCUCUUGAAAUCCGUUUAAAAUAAAGCUGUUCCUCGAGUUCCUUCCCAUCUAGGUGUAAUAAGGGGAGGGGGGGACCUGCUCUGCCGUUUGGGCAUGGCAAAAGGUUCGGAGGUUUUGUUCCGAGGCUGGAUGAGAGUGGAGCAAGCGGAGCGGUCUCUGCCGAGGAGGUGAUGGUCUUCGUGGACGUGGGUGACCUCUCCGAGAGGUCCUGCAAAUCCCCAGCCCCGUUUGUAUCCUGCCUGGAAUGGUUUCGGGGCUUGGUUCUGGAGGCUGCGCUCAUCCUGCUGAUUUGGAAGAAAAUUUUAUAGCCUCCUUUGUCCAACCUUGAAUUCUGCAGAGGUUGUUGCCGUCCUUCUCCCUCGAUCAGGGAUCGGCGGCAGCCGAACAACGAAAUGGACCGUGAAAACUACCAAAGUGCAGAAAGUGCCCAUGGAAAAGCUCAUUUUCCAGCCGGAGAUGGUGGGGUUUUUUUAGCUGGAUGGGUGCAGCCUUCAGCCGUGUAGUGUAGCUGGUAUCAGGUUGGCAAGAUCCCCCAGCACCAUUUGCUCCGGGGGGUGGGGGUGGCUCCCACCCCUCUCCCUGCAGCAUUUCGGGGUGGGGGCUCGCUCCUGCACUGUGACGCUCAGAUAAGCCGGGAUGAUUUUCUUGCGUGGAAGUUUUCAGCUUGGGCUUGACCUCAUUGGGGCCAGAAGAAGAGGGGGGGGG